AUGCCCCCAUUCGCGGCCACGGCUGCUGUCGCCGCCGCGACGGUGGCGCAUCCAGAGCGGCUGAAGCAGAUCGAGCUCAUCAAGCAGACCCCUGGCGUGCUGUGGCAGCCAGCGCUGAAUCCGAGGUUCGCGUCUGAGGCGCCCGGCUCGGUGAAGUCGUGGUGGGGCGUGAAGGAAAAUUGGAAGGACGUGCUCAAUGCUGCGCUGAAGAGUGGUGCCGUGAAGCCGUUCUCGUCCCCCGGGCUGACCGACGCGGAGAUCCCAGACCACUUCGACUCUGCGGAGCAGUGGCCGCAGUGCGCGAAGGCGGCCCUGCAGGAGCUGCAGCGAGUGGUCGGUGAGCAGGCAGCCCAGAUCCAGAGACUGACGGAGGGCGCCCAGAGGCCAGAAGCAGGGGCCGACGACAAACGGCUCGAGAGUAUCGUGGACACGAAGAUCCUGAGCAGGAUUGGGAUCUUCUCGGGCGCUGAUGAGGAAUGGAGGCAGUGGUGCUUCGUCUUCGAAUCGACGGCAGGGCUCGUCGACCUAGAGCAGAUCAUGACGCACUGCGAGGUCACAGAGGAGACUGAGCUAGGCUGGGCAACACAGUCGGAGAGGGUCCACCUGAGAAUGAAGGUGCUGUACCACCUGCUGAUCGCCACGACGAGAGGCAAGGCCCUCACGAUUCUCCAGAUGGUGCCGAAGAACAACGGUGCCACAGGCUGGAAAAGGUUGAAAGAAGAGUACGCGCCGAAGUCUGGCGGAAGGCUGACGGCGAUGCUCAUGGGAGUGCUGAAGCCCGAGUGGGAGACGGCCAUCAGGGGCGGCGUCCGCACCUGGGAGGCAGCCUGGAAGGAGUGGGAGAAGAGCGUCUCGCUCUACGAGGCCCAGUCCCUGGAGAGAGUCACGGAAGGCACGAGGAUUGCUGUCGUGGUCAGGUGGGCUCCAGAGGACGUGGAGGCCGUGGUCCGGCAAGCCCUGGGGGCGAUCGGCCAGGACUACAACAAGCUGGCCAAGGUCGUCACGGACUACAUCGCCAGUGGCAAGGUCUACGAGACCACGGGAGCGCCCCACGGCAUCCAGUACGACGGGCCCAUGCCUAUGGACGUUGGGCUGGAGAAGAAGAAGUGCGACAGGUGCGGGAAGCCAGGCCACAAGGCCAAGGACUGCAGAUCACACAUCAAGUGCGACAAGUGCGGGAAGCAAGGCCACAAGGCUUCGGAGUGCAGAUCGAAGCCAGAGAAUGCUGAAGUCAAGAGGAUAGUCAACGAGGAGGACGAGCUGUGGGUCAUGGGCGUCGCUGAGAGUGUGAACGCCAUCAAUGACAGCAGCAAGUACGUGUGGGUCUCGAUCGACAGCGGGUCGGACGCCGAUGGAUGCCCCCUCGGCUUCGGUCACUCGAGCGAUGACGUCGACGAUCCCACUAGAGUGGAGCUGAGGACGGCCACGACCGACGAGAUCCAAGAUCACGGUGAGUGGAACGUCGGCAUCGCGUUCGUGGACGAGACAGGCCACGAGGUGAUGGCCACGAACCGAUUCCGCAUCGGGGACUUCAGCAAGCCUGUGCUGAGCUGCGGCAUCAGGGUCACGAGAGGGGCUGUCGUCCACCUUCAGACGGGGAACAGCUACAUGGCCCCGCCAAGCGUGAAUGGCAUUCAGAGGAGGAUACCCCUGACGAUGAUAGGGAAGAGCUUCUACGCGAAGUGUCGGGUGCUAGAGGCGGGUGCUCACAGACAUCGAUCGUCGGUCGAGGCGCUGAGGGCACGCCUGAAGGAACUGCGGAGGCUUGGGAUCAUCGAUGCAGCCAUCUACGGCACCAAGAAGCAGCUAUGGGAAAGGCUCGUCAAAUGCGAGCACCAGCUGGAUGAGAAGAUGAAGGUCAAGGAGGCCCUAGAGGAGCGCCAGCGGCGACUCCAGGAAGGCGUUGAUCCCGAAGUACCGAGGACGCUGAAGAUCCCAGAGAGACCAGACGCGGAGACUGUGAGGCAGCAUGAGCUCACCCACGCGAAGUUCGAGCCCUGGUGCAUGGGGUGCGUGUUCGGAACGGGAGAUGCUGCACCCCAUCGGGGAGUCCAGUUUCUCACGGACAAGGAGCCAGAGGUGCCUGUCGUGCAGACAGACAACCACUUCUUGAAGGACGACGGCGAUGAGGCAGAGGAUGCGGCCAACCGCUUCUCCACCGCGCUGGCCGUCAUCGACUGCGACGCGGGCGUCCCUCUGCAGCUCAGCCUCCCAGAGAAGGGAGGCAACCAUGACUAUACGGUGACCUCGAUCGUGAGCUUCCUCAGGAGGCUGGGCGCCACGCAGCUCAGGCUCAGGAGUGACGGAGAGCCGAGCAUCGUCAGCAUAGCGAACGCGGUGGCGGCCAAGAGGCUCAAGUUCGACAACUACAAGGUCACACAGAAGAUCUUGCAGGGCCAGGCCAGGACGAUCAGAGCUGCAACAGAGAAGAUGCUGGGUAUCAAGAUAGGGCCAGGUCAUGUUUUGUGGCCGUGGCUUGUUAGACACGUGGGCUUCAUCGCGGAGAUGUUCCGCAUGCAGUCAAAUGGACGGACUCCUCAUCGGGAUGCAACUGGCACCAAGUAUCAUGGCGUCGUCCUGAGGUUCGCAGAGGCCGCCAUGUUCAAGCAUCCGAUGUCGCCGAGUGGCCACAUGACUGGAGGCAGGCGCAGUCGCAAGUCAAAGUCGAUGUGGGAGAAGGGCAUCUUCUUGGGCAAGACCUACGAGAGCGACGAGUUCCUCAUGGGGACGAGCAGCGGGGCGCACUUGGUCAGGACCGUGCGCAGGCUCCCAGGGGAACACCAAUGCGACCUCGAGCUCGUGGCCAAGAUGGUCGGGGUCCCCUGGUGCCGAGGCAGCGGCCAGAUCGGAAGGCCGAAAGGCAAGAGGGUGGUCAUUCUCCCGACUGCCCCGCCUGAGAAGAAGCAGGAGGAGGCAGAGGUCGACGACGCCAAGGAGGAGAAGAAGGUUCCAGGCACCACGGUUGAGAAGGGAGUUGCCGAGGACGGGCACAGCUACGCGAGUGCCAGGAGCAGGACAGGCAGCGGCUACAUGGAAGAUCUGACUGGGGAGUCAGAGGUCCCAGAAAUCGAGAUGGGCACCGUUGGAGGCGUCGACGGCUUCGUGAUGGACGAGAUCGACCCGAUGCCCGUCAUGGAUCCAGAGAUGGACAUCGACUGGUACGAGGGAAAGUACGACGUUGACCUCAUCAAGGCAGGCGAGUGCAAGGAUAUCAACGCGAUGCAGGAGUUCGAUGUGUUCGAAGCUGUGUCGCCUGACGAGAUAGACUCUACCUGGACAAGGCUGUCGACCAAGUGGGUGUACCAGGAGAAGGGCGAAGAGAUUCGCUGUCGCUUCGUCGCCAGGGAGUUCAAGAGCAUGGGCCCCGAGCGCGAGGGGCUAUUCACGCUGGCCAGCGAACCCGCGACUGGCAGGCUCAUAGAUUUCAAGGCGGUGAACGAGGCAGAGGCACUCAAGGGCAACACCACGAGGACGAUGUGGAGGAUGAAGAAGAACCUCUAUGGCGAGAGGGACGCGAGCAGAGGUUUCAGCGACUUCAUGAACCGCGCUCUCGUCUCAGGGAUGGAGUUUGAGCAGUGUCCUGACCAGCCAUGCUUCUAUCGUCGAGAACGGGAUUCAGUGGACCUGGAGCUUCAUCAGGAUGACAUCUACGCGACCGCUGACGACAUCAAGCUCCAGGCAUUCACGACCGAGCUCGGCAGUAAGGUCAAUAUCAAGGUGAGCAAGUUACCCAAGGUGGGUGCGAAGUACCAGCGUCUGAAAGGAGGGCGAGCGAGAGUCGAGGGUGGCAUGUUCUUGACGGGCAACAAGAAGUACGCGGACAAGAACAUAGAGCUAUUGAGCCUCGGCAAGGCAAAGAGCUCGCCCACGCCCAUCGUGACGAAGCUGCUGAAGGAAGACAGCGAGCAUCCUCUGAACGCCGAGGAGACCAGUCUCUACCGACAGUGCGUGGGCAUCGCGAGGUACAUGGUUUAUCACGUCGCGGAGGUCACGUUCGCCGUUCACGUGCUGAGCAAGAGGCUGGCUGCGCCCACCGGCAACGACAUGAAGAGGCUCAAGCAUCUCGGGUACUACGCGUCAGUGACGGCAGCUGCCGAGGCGAUCCAUCUCCAGAGCGUGAUGGGUUUCCUGGACAUGAACGUGAAGAUCAGAAUCCGCAUAGACUCUGCUGCGGGGAAGGCGGUCUGCCACCGCAUCGGAGUGGGGAGGAUUCGCCAUCUUGAAGUCCGCACUCUGUGGCUCCAAGCCAAGGUGCGAGACAAGAAGCUGGUGGUGGUCAAGCAGGCUGGGGAGACGAACCUAGCCGACGUGGGCACCAAGGCGCUGACGAGUCAGAGGUUCCACUGGCUGAGGGCACAGUUGGGAUGGCGCCCGUUGGCAGGCGCGGAUGGCAUGGAAGAGAGCACGGCUGUUCGGGUCAACCUCGUGAGCGACUCGACGUCCAAGAUGGCGAGGGUCGGUGCGGCCCUGGUCGCUCUCCUGGACAGCCUGGGCUCGGUGAAGGCAGACGGUGAGUGCGACGUCUACAGCUGCGAGACGGACAAGAAGGAGAUCAUCCUGAAGGACACCCGUCUCGGGACUGGCGUGCACCUCCAGGGCAUGAUGCUCAUCAUGGCCAUGGUCUUCAUGGUGAUCGUGGCGUGCGCAGUUGGCGGCUGUGCUGGCUGGUGCGUCGGCUACUUCAUGAGGCCGAACCGCGCAGAGGAGAGCAAGCAGAUGAAGGAGAAAGUGGAGCUCUCCCAGAGGGCCACCAAGGCCAAGAAGGGGAAGGUCGAGGGCAGGACCAUCUCGACACAGAGCCAGGCGGACCCCCCGGCCGCGUGCGGCGGGGGCGAGGGCGAGCCCGCGGCGGAGCUCGUCUCCCUCCGCGGGGAGAAGCUGAUCCUUGACCUGAGCAACUACAACACGUCACCUGUGCAGACCCUGUACACCGGCAGCUCCCAGAGCGCGGGCGGGGGGCGGUCGCCGGGCGCGUGGCAGGAGGACCGGGAUCGCGGAGGAGGCGACCGCGACCGGGACCGGAGGGAGCACGGCUUCGGCAAGGGCCGCGGCAAGGACAAAGACAGGGAGCGGGACAGGGACGGCGGCAAGGGCGAUUCUGGGUGGCGGGGCGGCCGCAAGGGCCGCGGCGAGGGCAAGGGCGACCGGGGCGGCGAGGGCAAGGGCGACGACGCGUGGAGAGGGCAGAGGUGAGGCGCAGGCUGCCUGGGCCGGUCGGCGCGGGCGCCCAUUUGAGCCCGAGGCUGCGACGUGUGCACCAAAGGGGCGGUGGAUCUGUACACGUCCUGGCCUCGUGCUUCCGGGCGCACGGCCGCGCGGGGUGCGCGCGGGCGCGCCGCUGGCGCGGCUGCUGCCGAGGGGGUUUCAAAGCGUUGCGGUAGGUUCAUGCUGCAUGAAUCUUCGCGAUCAGCGGUGAGAAUACCCGCCGUCGGUGGACGUCAACUACAAGUAUGCACCCGUCUUGGCCAGGCCCACGACCUCGGCCCCGGGGUGGCCUGUCCAGGAUCGGUGCUCGUGCAUAGUUGGCGUCCCCUCCAGCAGUGUUUUUUUGCCUCCUCGCGUUCCUUCUCCCGUCGCCUGAUUCUCUGCCCUGCCCUCUGCUCUGUCCUGCCUCUUCGGCUCUCCCUCCUUCGCGUGUCGCGCUGGGUCCGCGAGUUUUGCCGGGCGCCCCCGGGCCUGCUGCUUAUGAGCCCCGGCGCGGCUGCGGCUGCCCUCCCGCUCGCCACCCCGCCAGGAGGCGCCAGUUGCUGCCUCUGCUUGCAGCUCUUGAGCUGGCGCGUGUCUCACAAAUUGCCCGCCGCGCCGGUCGCCGAGGUCGAUGCUGACUGAUCUUGCCCGACCACAAUUUCCCAGCUAAUCUUGGCGCGAGGCGUCCCCGACGGCGGAACAAGUCAUGUAUGUUGCCGCUCUUCGCCCGCCGGAGAUCGGGACAGGAACAACUUCAUGAACAGAAACUGUCGGACAUCCACGCGGGUUUCUUCGAUCUGCGCCGUGCCCCCCCCCACCAUGGCGCGCGGAGCGCGCCAGGGGCGGCGCCGGAGGCGCCGCCAGUGGGUCCAGCCUCGGUCCAAGAAAUCCGCGCGGACCCCAUCUCCGAGCUUAUGUCUGUGCUGUUCUUCCUGCCUCCGCAGAGCCGGGCCGUUCCGACCGCGGUCGCGCGGAGGCGGCGCGAAGGAGCGGUGAUGGUAA